CUUGCAGCUUCGAAGCAGACACCGGCAGGGGAAGAGGUUUUUGCUUCUGGAGUAUGACGAGGGCCGCUCUCUUCCAUUUGCUACGAUCACAAUCCAAAAAUCUCUCGCGAAGAAAUUUCCAUUCAGGUUAUCAUCUCCAACGGUCGUCAGCAUGGAUCAAUGAAAAAUGUGUACCCACCAGCAACUUUCUUUCACCGCAAAGUGCAGUUCAGAAGAGAUGGGCAUCUCAAGCUACAACAAGAGAAGACGAUAGCAAGAUCAGCAUUGGACCCCGCAGAGGACAAGAAGCUGAGGAAGAAGAAAAAGAUGUCGCUUAUGUUGGACCAAUCUCAUCGACUAUCAAGAAAGUUAAGCUUCUGUCUUUAUCUACAUGCUGCCUCUCUGUAUCGCUUGGCCCAGUCAUAACCUUCAUGACGUCGCCCGACAUGAAUGUGAUUGUGAAAGGUGCUGUUGCAUCAUCUGUGAUAUUCCUCAGCGCCAGUACCACUGCAGCACUUCACUGGUUCGUGAGCCCUUAUGUUCAUAAAAUCAGAUGGAAACCAGGUUCAGACAGUUUCGAGGUUGAGAUUAUGUCAUGGCUGGCAACUUACAUUCCUCGAACCAUUCGGUUUGCAGAUAUUCGACCACCCGAAACAAAUCGUCCCUUUGUGACAUUCAAGGCUAAUGGGAGCUUCUACUUUGUAGACAAAGAGCACUGUCAUAACAAGGCUCUAUUAGCUAGACUGACUCCUCAGCAACAUGAAUCAGCUUUUAAAAACUUGUGAUUGUCUUAGGAGAUUUUCUUGUUUUUUCUUUUCUUCACUGAGUUGAAGGCCAAUGAGGUGGCUGAACUGAUGUCAUAAAUCAUGUACUUCCCCAUAGAUAAAUUGCUGCACAUUGUACUUUUGAGAUCAUUUUUGGCAGAAUGGUUUUUUGAACACAA